AUGGAAAAACCAUUGGCGAGUUCUGGAGGACGGGCGCUCACUGAACACUUUGACUGGUUCCUGCGUAUCUUCUCCCAGCCCAGUGACCGACCGCGAACAUUUGGCAUUCAGAACGUGCGCCCAACGUUUGCUGUCGGUUCCGGUGCGCAGUAUAUUCUUAGUCGUCAGGAACUGAGCAGCUAUUUCACAAUAAACGCCGCUGGAGGAAUGGGCUUAACUCUCGGUAUCUACUGGGCUGGCGGGGUAUCAGGAGGCUAUCUAAACCCGUGUGUGGCAUUCGUCUUCUGUUUACGUGGUAAUACAGCGUGGUGGAAGCUCCUGUACUACGCCGUCGCAGAAUUCGUGGGUGCCUUCGUGGCCGCUGCCGUGCAGUUUGGGGUCUACUAUGACGCUAUAAACUACUACGACGGCGGUGUCCGGAUGACGGAGGGACCAAAUGCGACGGCGGGGAUAUUCUCGACCUUCCCCAACCCCAACGUGUCCACCCUCAACUGUUUUUUUGACCAGGUGUUUGGAACCUUUAUUUUGAUUGGCUGUAUCCUAGCAAUCACCGAUCGUAAGAACAUGUUACCUGACAAAGGCCUACUCCCAUUGGCUCUCGGCGGGAUCGUUUUUGCCAUCGGCACCUGCUGGGCCCUCAACUGUGGUUACGCCAUCAACCCGUGUCGAGACUUCGGGCCGCGCCUGUUCACGGUUGUAGCUGGAUGGGGCUUGGAACCGCUGAGCUUUCGAAACUACAACUGGUUCUGGGUGCCGAUAGUUGGGCCCGUGUGUGGCACCCUCCUGGGCUGGCUGGUGUAUUGGUUGUUUGUGGAACUUCACUGGGAACCAGACGACAUCGAUGACGCGAACGCGAUCCUGCACGAUGACAAACAAAUAACUAUGUGUCAACAAAAUGGAACGCCAAACAGCAUGAAAAAGUUUGGAAUAAAUAAUGAUGCGUUUAUCAGUGAAAAUCUACCAGAUCCAGUGUCAGACGAAUCCACCAAGCUUUGAUUUGAUUGGCCAUCCACUUCGAGGCCAUGGAUAGCUGUGAUAAGAACUUUUCAUCUGACCGCACUGACUUGCCCACGAUGCUAGAUUAACCCCAUAACUAUUAACUGAAGUCAGUUUCAUUGUUGUCCACAUACCGCGUAGAGCCAGAUUAACCCUAUAACUGUUACCAAAGUUAGUUUCAAUCAUUGUCCAUAUACCGCGUAGAGCCAGAUUAACCCUAUAACUGUUACCAAAGUCAGGUUCAUCGUUGUCCACAUACCGCGUAGAGCCGGAUUAACCCUAUAACUCUUAUUACUCUAUACAAGAUUCAGGAGGCUGCGUGUUCACGGUCGAUCGCUAGACUAGUUUUUGUGCCUGGCGUUCAUUAUAUAAAAUAGGUUUGCAUGCAAUGGGAACCAGUCAAAUUAUUGGCGAACACUAGGCCUCCUGAAUAUGCUUCAGUUUUCCAGCCUACUAUUCCGUAAACGCCGUCAUCAACCAGUUCCAGAGAUGGUGAGGAGACAGGCGCAUGUGCAGAGGGUGGUUUUAGGGGUCGACCACACCCCCUGCUCCAAGUUAAUUUUAUUUCCAGGCGAGCAUGAUCCGACCCCAACACUAUUCUGUCGCCACAGUCUAGACGCCUCCCCCUCCUCUGCACAAUUUCCUGCAGGUCGAUUCCAUGAACACGGCUACACUAAGGGAAAUAGCGAACACGUGACAGGACACCACCAUCAUCAGUUCUUCUUCGUCUCCUCGCUGGGCCAAUUGAACUAUUUCUCGUUCCAGCCAGUACACCACGACUGGUAUAUGAAAAUACCGUAUGUGCUAUCCUGUCUGUGAGAUGGUGUAUAUAAAAGAUCCGUUGCUACUAA